CGUCAAACUAAUAAUUACAUGACAUAUAGUUUUUACUGGUACUAUUUUGGCGCGAAUAAGCAUAAUUAUAAGCGUUCCCGCUACAAUUUUGCUAAUCGCUAUUUUUGGCGGCUAAAAUCCCUUAAUCUUCGCUUCUACUGCAACGUUCCAAUUUCCAAGUCGCCGCCAUGAAUUCCAGAGAAGUAGCGCUGGUUUCAGCUGCCACAGUACUCGGUGCCUUUGCUUCUGCUAUAACCGUUCGCCUUUUCUUCUCCCCCAAAAGGCGUUCAAUUACUGAUUCAGACUCGGGAGUCAACGGUUUCCAGCAGAGGAAGUCAUCUUCUCAGAACCCAUUUGAUCCUUCAAAACGACUAGGGUAUUUGUCAUGGGAUGAUUAUUUCAUGGCCAUUGCAUUUCUCUCUGCUGAACGGUCCAAGGAUCCCAACAGGCAGGUUGGAGCAUGUUUGGUGAGUCAAAAUGGUGUAAUAUUAGGCAUUGGAUACAAUGGGUUCCCACGUGGCUGUUCAGAUGACAAGCUUCCCUGGGCAAAGAAAUCUAAAAAUGGAAAUCCGUUGGAGACAAAGUAUCCUUAUGUUUGUCAUGCUGAAGUUAAUGCCAUCUUGAAUACAAAUCAUGCAUCUGCUGCUGGACAGAGGCUCUAUGUCACAAUGUUUCCUUGCAAUGAAUGCGCAAAGAUCAUCAUUCAGUCUGGUGUUUCAGAGGUAAUUUAUUUUGUGGAGAAGAGGUUGGACGGUUCUGACGCAACGUAUGUUGCUUCCCACAAACUUUUGUCAAUGGCAGGCAUAAAAGUAAGGAGGCAUCAACCACAAAUGAAAGAGAUCUCGAUCAAGUUUGAAGAGCUAUAGACGGUCCUGAUGAUGCGCGCUUCUCUAAGCUUUUGUGUGUCUAUGCGGCUCUUUCUCUCUUGGUUAAAAGAUCGACUGGAUUGAUUGCAUCUUUAGUUAAUGGUGCUAAGAUGGCUGAGGAUUUUCAACUUACCAUGUAGGGUGUUCAACUCUUGAGAUGUUUACCAAUGUUUGUAAAUCUGUGUUAAAGCUGAAACUUCUUACUAUUCCCUAAAGCACCUUCACUCGUUAUUGUAAAGAAGCUGAGUUGACUUACCAUUAAGCAGUUUUAUAGGUGCUUUAGUUCCUGAGUGAAUUGACUUUAUGUAGAGAAAUAAGUACUGUAAUACGUCGAUCUGUAUCCAUUUUAUUACUAGUUUAAAACAGAAAAACAUGCUUAUGUAGAGAUCUACUUGUAACCAGAUUCUCCGAUGUCUAUGGAUUGGGACAAUCA